GGAGCGCGCGGGAGAUCCCGCAAGGCGGCUGAGUCGGGAUGGAACCGAUCGCGAGGGGCCGUACCCGGGGCUACGCCAGAGGGCUGAGGACACGGCACUGAUGUCCAGCUGAGCACUUUCACCUUAGGCCGACCGCCCUCCAAGUGUUGCUGUCUACCAUGCCCACCCCACAGGUAGUCCGGGUUGGCAGCCAGCACCUUGGAAUCCGUUGCCGUCGCUGUGUCUCGCUGGAAGUGUUUCAUGCCCGUGGUGAGCCCAUUGAGGAAAUGGACUUGGAUCAACUGGACCUGAACCCCAGAAUCACCGCAGCAAUCAAGAAGGGGAGACUGAAGUCAGUGAAGGAAGUUCUGUGCUACUCCGGACCAGACCUGCAGAGGCUCACCAGCCUGUCCACCCACGAUGUGCAGCACCUACUGAGAGCGGCCGCUCUGCACCUCCAGGGCAGCCGGGUCCUCACAGCACUGCAGCUGUUCCAGCAGAGGGAGAGCUUCCCCGAGCAGCAUCAACGCCUCAGCCUGGGCUGCCCGGUCCUGGAUCAGUUCCUGGGUGGCGGCCUGCCUCUGGAGGGCAUCACUGACCUGGUUGGCCGCAGCUCGGCAGGGAAGACCCAGCUGGCACUACAGCUCUGCUUGACUGUGCAGUUCCCACGACAGUACGGAGGCCUGGAGGCCGGAGCUGUCUACAUCUGCACAGAGGAUGCCUUCCCCAGCAAGCGGCUGUGGCAGCUCAUUGAACAGCAGCAGCAGCUGCGGACAGAUGUUCCUGAGGAGGUGGUCCAGAAGAUCAGGUUCAGCAACCACAUCUUCAUCGAGCAUGCGGCUGAUGUGGACGCCUUGUUGGAGUGUGUGAGGAAGAGGGUCCCUGUUCUGCUGUCAAGGGGGAUGGUCCGCCUGGUGGUGGUUGACUCAGUUGCGGCCCCGUUUCGUUGCGAGUACGAUGUGCAGGCCUUGGCCACCAGGGCCAAGCACCUGCAGUCUCUAGGGGCCACGCUCCGCGGGCUGAGCAGCACCUUCAGGAGCCCUGUGCUGUGCAUCAACCAGGUGAUGGAAAUGGUGGAGGAGCAAGCGUCUGUGUCCAGGCCCCUGGGGGCCUGGGACGAGCACCUCUCUCCAGCCCUCGGCAUCACCUGGGCCAACCAGAUCCUGAUGAGACUGAUGGCUGACCGGACCCAUGAGGACGAUGCCACCGUGGGCUCGCCCAGAAGCCCAGCUCGGACCCUGCGAGUGCUCUCUGCCCCCCACCUGCCCGUCUCCUCCUGUUGCUAUACAGUCAGUGGGGAAGGCAUCAGAGGGAUACCAGGAACCCAGUCCUGCUAACAGUGGCUCUGGUGCAUUAGCCUGACCAGGUCCCAAGAACCCGACUCUGGUGAGCCCCUCCUACUGUGGAAACCCUGUGGAAUUUGGCCCCACACACUGCCCUGUAGAGCAGAGGUUCUCAACCUGUGGGUCAAGACCCCUUUGGGGUCAAGCAAGUCACAGGAGUUGCCAAAGACCAUUGGAAAACAGAUAUUUACAAUUCAUAACAGUAGAAAAUUAGUUUUGAAGCAGCAAUUAAAUAACUGUGUUUAAGGGGCACGUUAGGAAGUUGAGAGCCACUGAGUCUGCUCGGGAACCCAGAAACACAAGUCUCCACUGUCGCCUCCUCUGCUUUCGGCCUGGCAGGACGCACACAGCACACAGAGAUGCCCACCCCUCAGGCUCCACGACAGUCUCAGGGACACAGUGGGGCUGGCCUAACCUGGGUUUCUCAGCUGCCUCAGACAGAGCAGCUCCAAGCAACUUAAAAGGACACAAGGGAGGAAACAGGUUUGUGUGUCCUCGCCAGGGCCUAACUAAGUGUCCAGCAACUCUGGCCUGGCCUUGCAUCCAGACUGGAGGGCACGCAUGCUCAGUGGAGGGCGGGCCUCCUGUAACAUCUGCUCCGCACCCCAAAAUCAGCACUUCUGGAUUUGAGACUCUCCAGCCACCAGGAGUGCGACCUCUGAAGACAGGGCUGUGGCUGUGAGCCCGUCCCCUGCUUCCUAAUAGCCUCUGGCAGCACAGGUCCACCAGCAAAUGGGCCCGCACGGGGACGGGCUCAUCACGGGAUCCUGCGGCUCCAGCGGUGUGACCCCACACACCAGGGUGUACACCGUCCCUGUCCUCGCUCAUAGGUACACUUAUGGUGUACACCACGAUGUCUCCAGGACAGUCCCGCCUGUGCAGAGUCCAUCAGACUUUCAAAGUCUCUCUCUCUCUCUCUCUCUCUCUCUCUCUCUCUCUCUCUCUCUCUCUCUCUCUCUCUCUCUCUCUCACACACACACACACACCGCCUCUGUCUGGCAGUUCUGGAGACUGAACCUAGGGUCUCCUGCCCGCAAGGCUCCCCACCGAGCACCAGCUACCCUGAAAGGUCUCAAACACUGGCAUAAAUGAUGGGACACAGCUCCUUGUGAUGGGGGUAGUUAAGACAAAAUGGCCUCUCUGCAAACUGAAGGACGUUACAUCAGAAAAUAAAACUUUAUUUUGUAACAAA